AUGCUUCCCCAGCAGGGGCUACAGAUGUCCACCAUGCUUCCCCAGCAGGGGCUACAGAUGUCCACCAUGCUUCCCCAGCAGGGACUACAGAUGUCCACCAUGCUUCCCCAGCAGGGGCUACAGAUGUCCACCAUGCUUCCCCAGCAGGGGCUACAGAUGUCCACCAUGCUUCCCCAGCAGGGACUACAGAUGUCCACCAUGCUUCCCCAGCAGGGACUACAGAUGUCCACCAUGCUUCCCCAGCAGGGACUACAGAUGUCCACCAUGCUUCCCCAGCAGGGGCUACAGAUGUCCACCAUGCUUCCCCAGCAGGGACUACAGAUGUCCACCAUGCUUCCCCAGCAGGGGCUACAGAUGUCCACCAUGCUUCCCCAGCAGGGACUACAGAUGUCCACCAUGCUUCCCCAGCAGGGGCUACAGAUGUCCACCAUGCUUCCCCAGCAGGGACUACAGAUGUCCACCAUGCUUCCCCAGCAGGGACUACAGAUGUCCACCAUGCUUCCCCAGCAUGGGCUCCAGAUGUCCACCAUGCUUCCCCAGCAUGGGCUCCAGAUGUCCACCAUGCUUCCCCAGUAG